ACUACUCAGAAACAAUCUGAGAUCGUACAAGUGCUAGUUGCAAUGGGGAAUGGUCCGAGCAAGGGGUACGUGCACUCGAACAACGACUACCAACUGGCCAUCGAGGCCUCCAAGGAGCUCGAAUAUCUGCUGGAGAAAGAGUUCAAUGCACACGGCCAGGGGCUGCACGAGAAGGUUUCGUCCGUAGAGAGCGCUAUCCCGGUGCCCACUGUCCGAUCCAUCCGCUAUGUAGCAACGCUACGCAACCGCCUGAUCCACGACCGAGAGAUGAGAGCGCUGCCCGAUCGUCAGAAAUUCAUCAGCAAGUUUGACGACGCCAUGGUGGAGCUCAACAUCCUCAUCGACAAGAAGCGACUGGACGCAGGUGGAACGCACACCUCCGAUCCAGGAUGCGUCAUCUCCUAAAUCAUCUUACGAGAGUCAGGCCAAUACAACAUUCUGUAUACUCUUCUUAGUCUUGCAUUGCUUACUUUUUGGCCUGUAGGAUCUCAAUCUGGUUAAUCAGAGUUCCUAGGUACUUGCUACA